AAACUUUUCUCUAGCAUAACUAGCUGCUAGAAUCUUUUUUUUUUCCUUUUCUUUUUUCACUUUGGUUUUAUCUGCUUUGUACCUGUUGAUAAGUAAUCGUUUCCCCAGAUUCCUUUUUGUUCGAAAUUGACUCACUAUAUUAAAUUGUCAAAUUAGGAACUUGUGAUAUGUCCAAAUUUAAAAUUGCUACCUUAUCAGUUGGAUUCUUUUCUUGAAAGGAAUAAGUGUACUGGCGUGGAGAGUUUCUGUAGUUAGCAAUGAAUCAAGUAGAUGAUUCCUUUAGGAACCAGCUGCAGAAAUUUUGCAAUAUGAAUGACAGAUUCUCUCCAUGCCAGAUUGAAGAGGGUCUCUUCUUGGGUUCUAUUGGAGCUGCAAACAACAAGGACGAACUCAAAAAGUUAAACUUGACACAUAUUGACAGUAGCUAAUUCUUUGCCACCGAAAUAUCCAAAUGAAUUUGUGUAUAAGGUAUUGAAUGGUAAGAGUCCUCUUCCUUGAUCUGGUGAACUAGGCUCUCAUUUUUAUUUAUGUUUUAAGGUUUCUUAAUCUACAAUGAACAAUUUAGUGUUUGAUAUAAUUUACUUCAAUACAUUAUAUCC